AUGAGCAAGGUCGAACGCAACGUGGAGACCCCCGACCCCCUCACCGCCGCCCUUCAGCCCCCGCCCAACGAGUCUCCGGCCGAGCGAUGGGCUCGCGAGCAGGCGGAGGCACAGGCACGCCGAGUCAACGACCAGAUCGACUCUGAGCUCAAGGCGGAGCGGCUCGCGAUGAAGAGGCGCAAGCCGCCGAUCAAGGUCCUCCUCCUCGGCCAGAGCGAAAGCGGCAAGUCGACGACGGUGAAGAACUUCCAGCUCUCGUACGCGCGGUCGUCCUUCCUCGCCGAGCGCGCCGCCUGGCGCGCCGUCAUCCACCUCAACCUCGUCCGCUCCGCGACGACGAUCAUGCGCGUCCUCGCCAAGGAGCUGCCCGGAAUUGACGAAACGGUCCCGAUCGACGAGGACGACGAGGACGUCGACAAGGCGUCGUUCAACCCCCCUACUGCGUCGGGCCCCUUCACCGACUUCCACUAUUCACUUCUGCAGCGCCUCGCGCCCCUCAGCCGCGUCCAGCGCACGCUCGAGAAGACCCUGGGUGCCGCGUCCGGAGAAGAAGUCGACACUGGCGGCUCAGGGGGCGCAACCGCGGGCAACGCGGCCCGCAUGAAGGAGUUUGCGGUCACCAGCCGGAGCGGGUGGAAGUCUGCGCUAAGCAGAGUCCGCGGCGGACGAGGGAGCAUCGACGAGCCUCGCCAGGUACGUGCCAAUCUGCGCUCUCACACCUUCCCUCCGGCCUCAUUCCAUCCGCGACGUGUUUGCGGCACACAGCCCCGCCGAUCGUCGCUGGCGAGCAGGCCGUCAAACGUGGGCCGGGAAGACGAGGAGCCGGACCAGAUGGACGAGCUUCCGACGGUCCAGGAGGCGGCGGACGUGAUUGCGGCAUGCGCGGAGGACAUGUGGGCGCUGUGGCAGGACUCGGUCGUGCGUGCGGUGCUCCACCACCGGGGGAUGUGGCCUGACGAAGGCCCUGGUUUCUUCCUCAACGAUGUGCGACGGAUCACGCAGUUCGACUACGAACCGUCAGAUGACGACGUCGUGCGAGCACGGUUGCGAACCAUGGGCGUGCAGGAGCACAGGUUCAUUUUCGAGAAGGGCUCGGAAGCCGGGCGCGACAACCGACACGCAUGGUAUCCGUACUUCGACGACAUCAACGCUAUCAUCUUCCUUGCGCCGAUUAGCUGCUUCGACGAACAGCUCGCGGAGGACCGACGUGUGAACCGUUUGCAGGACAGCAUCAUGCUCUGGAAGGCCGUCUGCUCUACGAAGCUUCUGGCGAACGUGCAGCUUAUUCUCUUCUUGAACAAGUGUGAUCUUCUGCAGAAGAAGCUCACCCGCGGGGUCCGCGUAGUCGACUACAUCCCCACAUACGGUGACCGCGUGAACGACGCUCCUACUGCGGCGAAGUACUUCAGACAGCAGUUCAGGGACACACUUGUCAAGCACUCUCCCCAACAGCGCGGGUUCUACUCGUAUCUCACGUCCGUCGUAGACACGAAAGCGACUGCGAUCCAAGUCGCUGCUGUUCGCGAAGGCAUCCAGCGGAACCACCUCAAGGAUGCCGACAUCCUGUAG